AUGCUUCAACGAGUCCAGUCACGUACGCAGGGCGAUCGCUUGCUGGUCCAGGAACGAGUCGAACAGUCCAAACAGAUCUUACAGAAGAUGGCCAUGGCCAUGCAAAUCAGCCGACGCUUUGAGAUCAGGGUAGAAGAGGUGGAUGGCAUGUUGAAACCCGAACUCACGGAGGUAUGGACCGCCUUGAAGACCGCCGUCUCGGCAGGCCACGCCAUGUUUCUGCGCAUGACGGGUGAAGCGGGGCCGAAAGAAGAGCUGCGCUUCCUGGUGAAGGGCUUCCAAAAUUUCUUCGCCGCCUCCUGCAUUGCCGCGGAAGGUGCUGCAGCGGAGGGUUUGCCGGACUUGAAAGCUUUGCUGACCGAAGAACACUGGCAACAGAUGCUGGAAAUGUUGGGAGAGGCCUGGCCUGGGAGCUACGUGGAGAUUGUGCAGAAUCGCCUUGGGCAAUUCAAACCCACCAGCAAAGACAACUUCCUACACCUGGCGGCCAGGGCUGGUCAUAGGCCCGUCUUUCAGUUGCUGCACAAAUUCCCAGAGCGACACCGAGAAGAGUUGAAUCAACGUGGCGAGGAAGGAAUGCUGCCGCUGCACUUAGCCGCUCAGCUGGGGCACACCCUGCUGAUUGAGUUGAUGCUGAAAGCGGGCAGCUUGAUCAACGCUGAGGACGCAAAUGAACGCUUGGCGGUGCACAUCGCCAUGCGCAACCACCACUACUCCACGGCGCAGUUCCUGAACGAUCGCUGGCUGGAGAUCUUUGGCAGCGCCAAGUCCUCUGAGAGGCGCUCGCGGAAGGCAGAGCAGUUGGCGCAACGCAUGGUGAGCCUCAACGAGAAGGAAUUCUUGUCUGUAGCCAGCGAGACCUUCACAGAGUUGGGUUUCUUCAGCCAGAAAGAGUCAGUGGACAAGAAGCGCACGGUGGGCGCCUUGUUGGCGGUCUUCUGGAUCGUGGCGGAUCAAUACGACCAGUUUGUGCGUGGACAAGAAGCCUCCAAUCGGCUGUCGAAGAAUUCCUGGGAACACCUGCAGGACUGGACGCGCAACACCGUGCAUUUGACCAAGAGUCACUCCAUGGUGAGCGCCAUGUUGGUCUAUGUGGCGAUCAUGAACGUGGGAAAGAUCAAGCCUUUCCGUGCGGCCUUUGCCCCCGAAGAAGAUGAACCGACGGAAGCCUUGGCUCGAAUUCUUCAUCGCAGCCCCAUCUUGGUGCCCAGUUUUGCCAAGUUGGAAGCGGAGCAGCAGCAGAUCAUCCUGCGAGCCCUGAAGGCCGACUUCAAUUUCGGCCAGUUCCUUCAAGCUGAAAACCUGCCUGCGAGUCUGUUCACCGUGAGGCAGAUCCUGCAGGAGGGCGGAGAGGACGGCGCCGGCUCCGGUGACAUCCUGGGCUUCUUCCUCUUCCGUAUCUUUGCAGCCAUGUGUGGCGUGGCUGGGGCCAAUAGCUUGGAUGGUUCCAUCUUUAUGACUGAAACCAACUACAAGAACUUUGAGGUGGGCUUGGACACUUUGAUGCACUUGAUGGAGGACGGGGCCGUGAAGGUCUACGACCGUUUCCUGGAAGCGCGGGCCCGGAACCAGGGCCUCAACUUCCGCAUGGAUGGCAACCGAGAUCAACGUGCUUUGGUGCGACUUGCCUGCAUGAUGCGCGCCUUCGACCAAGCGGCCGGGGAACGCAUCCAGGCGGCCUGGCUCCGCCUGGAGGAGGACAAGCGAAACAAACUGGUGGAAUUCCUGAAUGCCGAUGGGGUCAAAAUUACGCCCGGGUUUCUGCUGUACCAUGCGCCCAGCUUUUUGGACAACGCCAAGAAGAACGAAGGCAACUUCCCCUUGGAGAUGAUUUUUGAGGUCUUGUUGCAAGUCUAUGAGGCGGCGGCCAAGGAAUACGCCAAGUCGGAGCAGAAGGUGAUCACCGUCAUGGUGGAGGCGCUGGCGGAGUUCGCGAAGAACUGCAAGCAUACCGACGUCUUCCAAUUUGUGAAGUUCGAGAUCGCCAGGACUCCCGGACAGAAAGGCGAGGUUAUGGGUAAUUUGGUGAUCAGCCCAUGGCAGCUGGUGGUGGACAAACAUCUCUUGGAUGGUUUCGAGAACGAAGCCGGGAAGAUGUUUAUUGAGCUGGUGCCACAAACAGGGCUCAAGGAGAACGUCUAUUUGAAGCAGCACUUGCCCAAGAUCUUCCCAGAACUAGGUUUCUUCCGAGAUCAAGACGACCAUACCAAGUAUUUAUGGCGCGAAACCCUGGGACGUCUGCUGGUGAUCUACUGGACUGCCACGGAUCAACCCGAGGCCUUCAUGCGAGGUCAAGAGAUCCAGAAGAAACUGACGGAGAACUCGUGGUCCAAGUGCGGGAUCUCAGCGUGCGAUCUACUUCUGUUGGGGGACCAGCUCUACCCAUCCUCUGUCGCCAUGGCGUCCGCGGGGAUUGCAUCGAUGAAGCCAAACGUGGCCGCCAGCAUUGUGGAGAAGAUGGAGGUCCCAGCGGCCGCCGAGAUCUUGGAUGAGAUGAAGGUUGCCAGCGCUGGCGCCAUCGUCACAAAGAUGAUAGAGAACGACAGCCACCAGCGCGCCUCGCUGAUCUUGGCGGAGAUGUCCAGCGGUGCGGACCUCCUGGCCGAACUCAAGGCCUCAGACGCCGCCUGGAUCGUGGAGGAGCUCGACGCCAACAGCGCGGCCGGCCUUUUGUGCGACAUGGCCUACGUGGGCGCCGGCUACGUCCUGGCAGAGCUGGAAACGGAGCAGGCGGCGCAGAUCCUGCAACAGCUGAAGUUGGAGGAUGCCGCGUACAUCUUGGACGACAUGGAAACAGGUCCCGCAGCCGCAGUUUUGUCCGAAAUGGACAGUUCGCAAUGUGCUCCUUUCCUGGCUCAGAUGGUGCCAGAUGCGGCCGCACUGAUCCUGUCAGAGUUGGAAUACGACUAUGCUGCUGCCGUGCUGGCCGCCAUGGAGUAUGAUGCUGCAGCCGGGCUGGUUCAAGAACUGGAGCCUCCCGCCGCCUGCGGCAUCCUCUCCGAGAUGGAGCCGGCCGACGUCGCAGAGGUCGUCGCGGUCAUGGACUACGACGACGGCGCGGCCACGGUGCUGGCCGAGUUGGACCCGGACCACUGCGGCAAGAUCGUGUCUCUGAUGGAGACCUCGGUGGCUGCAGGGAUCGUCGCUGAGAUGGAAUACGAGAUCUCCGCCGGCUGCUUGUCGACCAUGGACGAAGACGUCGCCUGCAACGUCCUCACGGAGAUGGAUGCGAGCGUCGCUGCGGGAGUGGUCUCCCUGAUGGAGGCUGAGCAUGCCGGGAACAUCCUCAUGGCAACAGAGUCCUAUGCAAAGGUUGCCGAGAUCUUUGAACAUCUCACAGAGGAAUGUGCUGCAGAGGCUCUGGAUGAGAUGGAAGCCGAAGCGGCCGCUGGAAUCAUUGGACAUUUAGAAUACGAGGUCUCCGCUGCAGCAUUGAAAUUGAUGGAUUCCAGCCAUGCGGGAUACAUCUUGGAGAACUUGAGCGAUGAGGAUGCGGGCUACAUUUUGGAUCAGCUGGAAGCUGAGGAUGGCUGCCGGAUCGUCAGCGAAGUGAAUGGUUCGGAGGAGGCUGCAGCCAUGCUGCAGCACCUCGACUAUGCGGAUCAAGCCAACAUUCUGUCGCCCAUGGACGAAAACCAGGCAGCACAUAUCUUGGGCGCCAUGGAUCCAGAAGAAGCCUCGUACGUGGUCUGUGAGUGGGACGGAGACGUGGAGGCAGUUCUCGAAUAUCUUGAGCCGGAACACACUGCAGACAUUUUGGGUCACCUGGAUACCAGCACCGCGGCACACAUCGUGUCGGGGAUGGGGCAUCAGUUUGCCGCCAAGUUGAUGUCCCUCUUUGACACCUCCCACGCCAGUGGCCUCGUGUCCGAAUUGGAAUACGACCAAUCUGCGGACAUUUUAUCGAAGCUCAAGGUGACCGAUGCGGCGACCAUACUCGCUGACUGCGAAUAUUAUGACGCAGCCUGCGUGCUGGAGAAGAUGGAUAUGGCCAAGGCCCUGGCUUUGCUUCGGAGUGGAUUCCUGGACCAAGACGACAUCUUGGAGGAGAUGCAGAAGGCGCCCGCCGCGGAGUUACGAAGUCGUCUGCUGAAACGAGCGAAGACCUCCUGAGGGCAGCGAAGAUGUCGAGGAUACUUGGCUCAACUGAAACCUGGAAAGCCCUUACUGUAAGUGAUGUGCGCGGCACUGCUGCAUACUGCUGCGCUUACCACCGAAGGGGAGCAGGUCAUGAAAGCAAAGACUUUCUCGGUUUCGAUAUACUUUUAAUGUCUUUCAAUCGCCGGUGCUUCCAGUUGCAAUCAUCCGCGCCAAAUGCGUCAAGUGGUC